GUUUUCUGCAGAGGAAGAAACUCGAAUUACGAAUUUUACACUGUAAAAAGGUCUUUUUUAACAAAUGACUCUUCCAGCCUUUAAAAGUUCGCUAAUAUUGAUAACCUCGCUAGAAACCCGCCAUUCCUACCUAGCCGCCGUCUAGCCGCCAAAAAUAAAACGUUUCUGGAGGAAGCACGGCUCACUUUCACUUUCACUUAACACGACAGCGAUGUCCGCGUUUUCAUUAAGAUUUCGAGAGAAAGCUGUCGAUUGUCCCUCUGUUUCUCUUCUUGAAAAACAGGACAACAGAAUAAUGUUGCAGUUAAGCGUUCUCCUUUUGCUCUCCCUCGUCCCUCCUCUUGAGGCAAAUGAUAACGGAAACACCACAUUUACCAGUUUGCCAUUCAAGAUGAGAUUGCCAGACAGUGUUAGGCCACUUCACUACGACCUCCUGAUCCAUCCAAACCUUACUUUCCUCACCUUCACUGGAAGCGUACAGAUCCAGUUGGAGGUCCGGCAGGAAACCAAACACAUCUUUCUUAACAGCAAGAACCUCCACAUCUCCAGAGCACUUCGUUUAGGAUCCAGGCAUCCCCAUCUCCUUCAGCUCCAAGAGUCUGAACAUUUUGAGCAGAUUGCGUUGUCUUCUGAAAGUCUGACGUUUACUAGGGGACUGCAUGUAAUACAGUUGGAUUUCUCAGCUAAUCUCUCUGACACUUUUCAUGGCUUUUAUAAAGGGACGUACACCACACGCAAUGGGGAGGUCAGGGCAUUGGCAUCCACCCAGUUUGAGCCCACGCAUGCUCGAGCUGCGUUCCCCUGCUUUGAUGAACCAGGCUUUAAAGCCAACUUCUCUAUUCGUGUACGCCGAGAGUCAAGGCACAUUUCUAUUUCCAAUAUGCCUAAGCUGAAAACCGUGGAGCUUGCAGGUGGCUUGUUGGAGGAUCACUAUGAUGUGACUGUGAAGAUGAGCACUUAUCUAGUGGCCUUCAUAGUCUGUGAUUUCCUUUCCAUCAGUAAGAGAAGCCAGCAUGGAGUUGAGAUAUCAGUGUAUACAGUUCCAGAGAAGAUCAGUCAGGCGGAAUACGCCCUCAACACAGCAGUUACGCUGCUUGACUUUUACGAUGAUUACUUUGACAUCCCCUAUCCGCUUCCCAAACAAGAUCUUGCAGCAAUCCCGGAUUUUCAGUCAGGUGCUAUGGAGAACUGGGGCUUGACAACAUACAGAGAGUCAGGGCUGCUUUUUGAUCCUGAACGGUCUUCUACCUCUGACAAACUGGGCAUCACCAAGGUCAUUGCCCAUGAGCUUGCCCAUCAGUGGUUUGGUAACCUGGUGACGAUGCAGUGGUGGAAUGACCUGUGGUUAAAUGAGGGCUUUGCCAAGUUCAUGGAGUUUGUCUCUGUGAAUAUUACCUAUCCUGAGCUACAAGUGAAUGACUACUUCUUGGAAAAGUGUUUCACAGCCAUGGGGGUGGAUUCUUUGAGCUCAUCCCAUCCCAUCUCUACCCCUGUGGAGAAUCCGGCUCAGAUUAGGGAAAUGUUUGAUGAUGUGUCCUAUCAGAAGGGAGCCUGUGUUUUGAACAUGCUGAGAGAUUUCCUGACCCCAGAAGCCUUUAAGAUGGGUAUUAUACGCUACCUGAAGAAUCACAGCUACCAGAACACUGUAAAUGCUGAUCUCUGGUACAGUCUGACAAAUAUCUGUCAGUCAGACGAUUUAGACUCUGGAAGACUCAAAGCAGAUGGAUUCUGUUCAGACAGCAAGUCCAGUGCCUCUGCCUCUAAAUGGUAUAUGGAUGAUGACCUGAAUGUGAAGGCUAUCAUGGAUACCUGGACGCUGCAAGAGGGUUUUCCCAUCAUUAGUGUAGAGGUUAAAGGCCGAGAGGUCUACCUGAAACAGGAGAGGUACCUUAAAGGGGCAGAUCCUGCAAAGAAUUCAAGUUUCCUUUGGCAAGUGCCUUUGACCUACAUCACAAGCAGCUCAAGUUCUGUCCAGCGCUUUCUACUUAAAAAUAGAAAAGAUGUGUUAUAUCUGCCAGCAGAAGUAGAGUGGAUUAAAUUUAACGUGGACAUGCGAGGGUAUUAUAUUGUCCAUUACGAGACCGGGGGCUGGGAUGCUUUGAUCAGGCAGCUUCAGCAGAAUCACACAGUGUUAAGCGGAAAUGACCGAGCCAGCCUCAUACACAAUAUCUUCCAGCUGGUCAGCAUUGGAAAGGUCCCUCUUGACAAGGCCCUGAGCCUAAGCCUGUAUCUGAGGUACGAAACUGAGAUCAUGCCAGUGACGCAGGGCUUCGGUGAACUGGUGCCUCUCUACAAGCUCAUGGAGAAGAGAGAUAUGGCAACAUUAGAGCACCAGUUAAAGAGCUACUUAAUGAAUCUGUUCCAGAGACUGAUUAAUGCCCAAAGAUGGAGUGAUGAGGGCUCAGUGUCAGAGAGGAUACUGCGCAACUAUUUGCUACUCUUUGCCUGUGUACGCCGCUACGGACCCUGCGUCCAGACUGCCCAGGAGCUCUUCCAGAAAUGGAAGGAGUCAGAUGGCAAGAUGAGGUUACCUGCUGACGUUCGUUUGGUGGUUUACACUGAGGGGGCACGGACAGAGGAAGGUUGGGAUUUCCUCUUGGAAAAGUACCGCCAAACCUUGUAUCCUUCUGAGAAGAGUCAAAUCAAAGCAGCGCUGUCCUACAGCCCGCUGGCUGACAAGCUUAAGUGGCUGAUAGAGAGGGGUUUAGAGGGAGACAUCUUGAAGACACAUGAGCUGCCAUCUCUAGUCAUUAGUGUCAGUAAAAACCCACAAGCCUACAAACUGGCCUGGGACUUCCUAAGGACCAAUUGGCAGAAACUGGUACAAAAGUUUGAUCUUGGUUCUUCCUCUAUCUCACGAAUGGUAGUUGGGGUGACCAAUCAGUACUCAACCAGGGAAAAACUUGUGGAGGUACAGUCAUUCUUUAGUUCACUGGAACAGGGCAUGGGUGCAGGAUUGCGCAGUGUCCAGCAGGCCGUGGAGAACAUUGAGGAGAACAUCCGCUGGAUGGAUAAAAAUGUUCCACUUCUCACACACUGGCUCAACAGCCACAGCAUCUGACUGAGGCCCAGGAACCAUUGCUGAUUCUGCAAAGUUCAUGACACUUAUUGUUGUGUGAAGAAAUCCAAAAGUGCCAGUAUGGAGUCCACUAUGCAAUGUACUGAAUUUAAGUGGCAUAACUGGAGAAUCCUGCAGGUUAUUAUGUAAUGUCAGCUGAUAAACAUCGAGAUAAGAUUUUUUUCCAUGUUAUUUGUGUCAGGUUAUUCCCUUGUCUGAACAGUUAAAAACUAGAGAACCAACCUAAACCUGAAACAUCUGUGCUUUAUCUAAUGGCACAGAUCAAUGAACUGAACUCAUAUGCUAGUAAUAUAAAUUUAGGUUGAGGCCCUGAUACUAAAUACUAGAUCCAGCUGCCUAAAUAUAUUUCCUAAUGUAUGCCUGUCAACCUGAUCACCAAUGUAGUAUGUACAAGUCCCCAGCUGGACAAAUUCAUCCAUCUAGCAAGUUCAUCAGUUUACUUGUGUGCAAAAUUUGAUCUUCGUGUUUGAUUUAGACUUUUUUUAAUUUUAACUGGUAUUUUGCCAGUUUUGUCUGUGUUUACAUUUGCAAUGUGCAAAGUACAGAAUUCAUCAAAAUAAAAUAAUUGGGGAAACACCUCUAAAAUUAA